AUGUUUGCCAUAGCUUCCCCAUCAUCAUCUUCUUCUUCCAAGAAAUAUGAUGUGUUUCUGAGUUUCAGAGGAGAGGACACUCGCAGAUCUUUCACCAGCCAUCUCCAUACUGCCUUGUGCCUUAGAGAUAUUGAGACAUACAUUGAUUAUGAGCUCCCAAAAGGCGAUGACAUCUCCCAAUCACUCGUCCAAGCAAUUCAGGAUUCAUCCAUCUCUGUGGUGGUCCUCUCUCAAAAUUAUGCCUCUUCAAGAUGGUGUUUGAAUGAGCUUGUUCAGAUCCUUCGCUGUAAAGAGCACCAGGGACAGCUUGUUAUUCCUAUUUUCUACCAAGUGGACCCAUCUCAUGUACGCAAACAAGGGGGAGCUUAUAAGGAAGCAUUCGUAGAACAUUUGGAGAAAAACUCAGAGAAGGUGAAGGAGUGGAGACAAGCACUUUUUGAGAUUGCAAAUCUAGCAGGGUGGGACUCCUGCAAGUACAGGUCACUCUUCAUUCUCUAA